GCAAGUCAGACAGAAAACAGAAAAGAGCUGAGUGAGCCGGGAGGGGCUCCUUGAAGGAAAAUUGCCACCGCCGGCAUUCCAGCGAUUUAGAACUCCGGAAUACGCGAUUCUGCCCGCCCAUAGAAAUUUGGGAACCGGGUUCUGAGAACGCCCGUGUUGCCCGGAUUGCACUGACUAUUGAUUACCGGGAGAAGGGACGCACUGACGAGCACUUGAAACCGGUUUCCCUUCUCUCUCCCGUACCAAUCCUACCCUCCUUCCGUAGUUUUGUCCGAUCUUCCUGAUCCCCGAGACUGCAACACAUUAAAGAUGCCUAGUUCGCUAUUUGCCGACAUGGAGAGGAAUGGGAGCAACCAGGGGGACGCCCUGGACGACCAAAGAGCCCUUCAAAUAGCACUGGACCAGCUUUCUUUGCUGGGCUUGGACAACGAUGACAAUUCCAUCUACGACAACGAGCCGAGAAAAAAGAGUGUGAACAUGACCGAAUGUGUCCCAGUUCCCAGCUCAGAGCAUGUUGCUGAAAUCGUUGGAAGACAAGGUUGUAAAAUCAAAGCCUUGCGCGCAAAGACCAACACCUAUAUCAAGACUCCAGUGCGUGGGGAGGAACCAGUCUUUGUUGUGACAGGCAGAAGAGAGGAUGUAGCCAUGGCUAGGAGGGAAAUCAUCUCAGCUGCUGAGCAUUUCUCUAUGAUCCGAGCAUCGAGGAACAAAAACACUAGUCUGAAUGGGAGUGGCACGGUUCCAGGGCCCCCAAACCUCCCUGGACAGACAACCAUCCAGGUGCGGGUCCCCUACAGGGUGGUAGGCUUGGUGGUUGGACCCAAGGGAGCAACUAUCAAGCGUAUCCAACAGCAGACACACACCUAUAUUGUCACGCCCAGCCGGGACAAAGAGCCGGUGUUUGAGGUCACAGGCAUGCCGGAGAACGUGGACCGUGCCCGGGAGGAGAUAGAAGCACACAUCGCCAUGCGCACCGGGGGGCUCAUCGAGCUGACCGACGAGAAUGACUUCCACGCCAACGGCACCGACGUGGGCUUCGACCUGCACGGCCACGCCAGCCUGUGGAGCAAGCCUGCCUCCAGCACCACCCCCACGUCCGGGCGCAAGCCUUUCUCAAACUACCGCAACGACAGCUCCAGCUCCUUGGGCAGCGCCUCCACCGACUCCUACUUUGGCAACAACAGCAGCUCCAGACUGGCCGACUACAGCCCCCCCAGCCCUGCCCUGAGCUAUACUGCCUCCAACAAUGGCAACAACAACAACAACAACGUCAACGUCAACACCAACGGCAACGGAUUUGUCUACGGGAGUGAUGUCAUUUCGCCCGAUUGCACUGACUUGACUUUUGAGUCCUCGCCGGGUUUCGAGGCCACGUCCACCCCGCCCGGCCUGGUCUGGUCACAGUAUGACCGCGGCGUCACCCCAUCUGGUGGCACGACCUCCGCCAUCUUCUCCGCCAACGCUUCUGUCAAUGCCAACGGGAUGCUAGCGAACCAGCGGCGGGCUAACGGUGUGGGCUGUGCCUCCCAGCCAAGGCUGUCCCCGCCCCUGCAUCACGCUGUCGGGCCCUCAGAGCACCCACUGGCCCGUCGAGUGCGUAGCGACCCCGGGGGCGGCCCCCUUAGCUUCCCCGGGUACUCCGCUAACGGGUUGUCCCUCUCCGGGCCUCACCUCCCUGGAGUGCCCUCCGACUCCUCGGCCUCCUCGUCCUCCAGCUCCUCGUCCAGCUCCUCGUCGGGCACCAGCAGGAAGGGCAGCCGGGACUGCUCCGUGUGCUUCGAGAGCGAGGUCAUCGCCGCCCUGGUCCCCUGCGGCCACAACCUGUUCUGCAUGGAGUGCGCCAAUCGCAUCUGCCAGAAAAACGAUCCCAAAUGCCCUGUCUGUCACGCUGCAGUUUCUCAGGCUAUACGUAUAUUUUCAUAAAAUGUAUCCCAACUCACAACAACAGCAAACAAACUCUUAUACUGCAUUAUGAAGUGCUAAUAACCUGAGUGUGUACGUACAUGUACAUAUGUAUGUCUGGAGAGCUGCAGUAUCCAAAAGGGACUCCCUUCAGGGCUCUGUUGUCAUUGUUUAUAAUGUACUGUAGCGUGGGAAAAUAUUUUCAACAUCUAAUGCAUGUUCUAAAUAUUAAAGCAUAGUAAUUAUUAGUUCUAGAAAACUGUACACAAUAUUUAUGAAGUGACAAAAAGGAGAGUGUUCAAGGCAGAGGUACUUAAAAUGUAUCAGAUAUAGCCUGUUAAGGAGACGGCCCUUCCAGGUUCACUGUUCGAAUGUACUGGUAGCAGUGCCUGUGGCUAAGGACUUUGGGGUGGGGGGGAGCUUUGAGAAUACAGGAUUAUUAUAAAAGGAAUGAUACUGCAGCUUAAGUUUAAAUGAGCGCAUUAAUGGGAAGCAACAACAUAUCCUACAUAUAUAUGUAUAGAUUAAAAAUUCCACAAGUUUAAAGUUUUAAAUAUUAAUUACAUUAAUACAGAUUGAAGUAUUUUAUUCUUUUUUGACUUGAAAGAUUAUAUUUCGUAUUGCAAAAAAUGUUUACAAAUAUUUUAAUUUAAGUUCAGUGAACUUUUUGUAGCUGGGUUAAAUAUCUUUUAUUUUUAGUAUGGCCUUAUGGCAAAGAACACUGUAUUAUUUUAAUACCACACAAUUGUUGGUUGAAAUACAAACCACAAAAUGUGUAUUGCAUUAAACAGUAUUCUGUUGGGUUGGAGGUUUUAUAGGUUCAGCAAAAAAUGUCUUUUAAAUCUGCUUCACCCAGCAUAUUUUUUAUUCAGUAAUAUAAAGCAUAUUUUAUUCUAUAUUAUUACAAAACAUGAAAUGUAUAAAACUUAGUAAAUCAAACAAAAAGGAACCGUUUAUGCUUUCUAAAAUUUGUAUGAAUUAGAUUCCAGUGGGAAUUACAGACUUCUGUUGCACCACUCUAGUUUUAGUAUUUCUAUUUUAAUACAUUUGUUUACCACUUGUUUAUGUAUAUGUAGGUGAAGUUACUUGAGCGUAAUUGUACUUUAUUGAGCAAAGUUUAAGAACAAAGUAUAUUUUAUUUUAUGAUAAAGGGCCUUUAACCUCAUGGUCAAAUACUAAUAUUAUAUUUGCUGAAACAAGAUUUGAAAAUGUAUCAAGAGUUUUAUUUUUCUGACAUUUAAAGUUCUACACGAUAAAGGUAAAACUUAAGUAAUGGUGCUACUUCAUGUUUUUUUAAGUAUUUCUAUAUAAAUACAAUAAAAAUGGUACAUGAAA